AUGUCCUCUCAUAAAAUCGUCGAAGUUAAUGCACCUCUAUCAGAAUUAAGUGGCAGUCUUGGGGAUUUAGGCACCUUACUCCCAAUCUUAGUAGCUCUUUCAAUUACCGGACAAGUUUCUUUGACUGCAUCGCUUAUAUUCGGAGGUGAAGUCACGUCGGCAGGUCUGGGUGUUGGAUCUAUGAUAUUUAUUCUUGGCAUCACUAAAACUAUUAAAAACGAAUAUCGACAGCAUUAA